CGGAUGGUUGCAUUCCGCAGCGCAUUUCCCGCAGCGCUCCCCGAAAUGCCUCAAAACAUGGGUGGCCGCCGCUGCCGGUUUCUAUCCACGUUUUCUCUUUGAUCUUGUGUCGCAAAGAUGAGUAGCGAAUCCAAGACUUUCGACGACAAGCACGCCCAGGCUGGGGCAAUCGGCCACAAUGUCCACGACUCGGAUGACCGCGACAUUGUUGUUGGCGAGCAGAAUGCGCUGCACAGAGAUCUCAAGGGUAGACACAUGCAGAUGAUCGCUAUUGGUGGCGCAAUUGGUGCUGGUCUCUUCAUCGGCUCUGGUGGUGCUUUCCAAACUGGUGGUCCUGCCUCUGUGCUCAUUGGCUUCAUGCUCGUUGGAAUUCAAGUCUAUUUCAUGAUGCAGGCUCUUGCAGAAAUGUCCGUCAUGUACCCAAUCAACGGUGCUUUCGCAAUGUACAUCUGUCGCUUCGUCGACCCAUCUUUUGGUUUUGCCUGCGCCUGGGAAUACGCCAUCAGUUGGUUGACUGUCCUUCCCUACGAAAUCUCUGCUGCUGUCAACAUUAUCCACUUCUGGGAAGGCUCACAGCACAUUAACAGCAGUGCUUGGAUCGUUCCAUUGCUGGUCGCUCUCGUUGUUAUCCAGUUCUUCGGAGUACGAGGAUACGGCGAAGUCGAAUAUGUUCUCAGUUUGAUGAAGAUCCUUGCUUGCAUUGGCUUCAUGAUUCUUGGUGUCGUCAUCGAUGUUGGUGGUGUUCCAACUGACAGAAGAGGCUAUAUCGGUGGAAGAUACUGGCAUGCCCCUGACGGUGCCGCCUUCCUCAAUGGCUUCCACGGAUUCUGCAGUGUUUUCGUCACCGCCGCAUUUGCCUACACUGGCACUGAGUUGACCGGUUUGGCCGCAGCUGAAACCGUCGACCCAAAGAAGGAAAUCCCCAAGGCCUCGAAGCAGGUCAUCUACCGUAUUCUGAUCUUCUACGGAGUCAACCUUUUGCUCAUUGGUUUGAUCGUGCCGUCAGACAGCCCACUAUACAGUGAUGGAGGUUCUACAUCUCGUCACUCACCUUUUGUCAUCGCUAUCAAAUUGGCGGGAAUCAAAGUCCUACCAUCGAUUUUUAAUGCCGUUAUCCUCAUUGCCGUCAUGAGUGUCGCAAAUUCUUGUACUUUCGGCUCAACUAGAACCAUCCAGGCUUUGGCUGCAAACGGCAUGGCACCCAAGUUCCUGGCUUACAUUGACAAGAAGGGUCGUCCUUUGGCCGUCAUCGCCCUCCAGCUCCUCUUUGGUUGCCUCGCAUUUAUCAACUUGGCGCCCAACGGCGGAGAUAUCUUCAACUGGCUUCUGGCCUUGUCCGGUCUCUCGAUUUUGUUCAUCUACGGUGGUAUUGGCCUUGCCCACGUCCGUUUCCGAGCUGCCUGGAAAUACCACGGUCACUCUCUUGACGAGCUCCCUUACAGAGCAAGCGCCGGUGUCUACGGUUCUUAUUUCGUCAUGUUCAUCACCGUAAUCGCCCUUCUCGCACAGUUCUACGUUGCCCUCUAUCCCAUCGGCGGCCCCAACUUGGACACCAGCACCUGGUUCCAGCUCUACCUCGCCGGUCCUCUCCUCGUCUUCCUAUACUUGGUUUGGAAGGUCUACAGCUUCUUCAAACGCCCUGCCGACCGCCCUCUAUGGAUCAGCACAAAAGACAUCGAUAUCUACACCGGCAUGAGGCAGAUCGAUCCUGUCAUGACUGGCGAUGUUUCGAUCAAGCAAAAGAAGGGUGUGAUGGGUCACUUCAAGAAUGCUUUCAGCGCUGUCUUUUAAGCCAGGGACAAAGGCUUCAAAAACCAGGGAUUGUAGACACAUAAUUGGCGCAUCCACCUGGUUGGACAGCUGCAGCAGAGGUCUUGACUAUGUACAAAGAUGGACCGCGUCAAGAACCCCCCUUAUAACUAUUCAUCAGCAUCAGCAUCAGAAAUUCUUUGUAAUUCACAUUAUUCAAUUCUGACUAAAUCAUAAAAGCC